AUGGGCCCAUCUCAAUCACGAGAACAGCGACGCCCACGCCGACACCGUACUCCCCAACCAGACCAACCACAAUCACAACCUCCUCGACAACAACAGCAAGAAGCAGAAGCAGAAGAAGAAGAAUCAAACGAAGAAACCCUCCACCAAUCCCACCCUUCAAAUCCAAUCAUGUCUUCCUCCCUCCAUCACCAUCACCACCAUCACUACUCCUCCUCUUCGACUCCAUACCCACAUACCCCGACUCCACCCCUCCGAACCCCCAGUUUCAAUAACAACAAUAACAGUGGUCGUCCACGUUCUUCACGUCCACACCUUCAAACCCUCUCAAUCCCUCCCUUAAACAAUAAUAAUUCCAACGAUAACAACGAAAGGGGGAUAGAUACCCCAACGCUAACCACCGCACUAUCCUACAUCUCAGCCCGUCUCCUUCAAAAGACAAAACUACACCAUACCUUCAUCGUCACUGGGUCAAUAAUCUUCUCAUUAUUCUUCCGGUCGAAAGGUUUUACAAAAUCGGUCAGUUUAUUACAAACCUCUGGGUUGUCGGGUAAGGAGAGAGAGGUGUUGAUUUCGGCGGUGUUAAGGGCUGGUGAGAAGUUUGGGAUUGAAAGGGAGGAUUGGGUUAACAAUGGUGGCGAGAGGGAGGUAAAACGGUUCGGGAUGGGGGGUAGUGGAGAGGAAGUCGGUGGUGGUAGUAGUAGUGCGAAUAGGAGGAGGGGAGGGGGAGGAGGGGGUAGUGGAGAAGUUGAUGAAUUGGUGGCUAGGAGUUUGGGACAAGGGGUUGUGGUGUUUAGUGGUGAUGGGAUGACGCUCUAUGCUGUUGAUUUUGUGUAUGAAUUGAGAAGGGGGUUACAUUUACUUUCUCGAGCAUUGGAAAGUGGAGGGGAAGAUAUAGGGGGGAGGGGUGGAAGAGAGGAAGAAGAGGAAGAGGAUGGAUUAGAUCUUGAGGAUAUGGUUGAAUUGGUUAGAAGACUUGUGGCGGUUGAAGGGAAAGGAAGGGGUUUGAGGAGGGGGGUCGUUGAAGGUAGGUAUGAGAGAUUGGUAUUUUCGGAUUAUGCCUGGAUGGUUUUAGGGAGGGAGUAUGAAAGACGGUUUGGGGAGAAAGGGUUGAAGGAGGAUGAUGAGGAGAGCGACGAGGAAGGAGAAGAAGGUAUUUUGAUGGCUGAUAGGGAUAGUGUUUGGACGGAUGGGAGCUAG